CCCUGCCCGAGCGGCUACCGGCCCAACCCACCCGGGGUGGCUGUGGCCGGGUUGGCUGCGGGACUGCGGCGACCCUGGUGUUCCAGCGCGGUCAGAAGUGUGUGUUUAAAAACUUAGCCCACCAUGCUUUCCUGUUUUUACUCUGCUACUAGUUGGCUGGUUAAACAUCAGGGGUGAAGACUGAGCAUGCUCAGCCUGGCUUCACAGACUAACGUUCACGCCAGUAGAUUUCCCCCAGCCCUCUGCAGGUGAUUAGUUUCCAAGUAUUUAAGCUGCAUGUGAGUAGAAGCACAAUGAGAGCCAGUCAGAAGGACUUUGAAAAUUCAGUGAAUCGAGUGAAACUGUUGAAGAAGGAUCCAGGAAAUGAAGCGAAGCUAAAACUCUAUGCCCUAUGUAAGCAGGCAACUGAAGGACCUUGUAAUACACCCAAACCAAGUGUUUUUGACUUGAUCAAUAAGGCUAAGUGGGACGCAUGGAAUUCUCUUGGCAGCCUGUCCAAGGAAACUGCCAGGCAGAACUAUGUGGAUAUGGUGUCCAGUCUGAACUCUUCUUCUGAAUCUUCUAGCCAAAUAAAGCCUGGAGCCGACGGGGAACAACCGGGAUAUGAAACCCUGGUGGUGACCUCUCAAGAUGGCAUCACAAAGAUCAUGUUGAACCGGCCCACCAAAAAGAAUGCCAUCAGCACUCAGCGCAGGAGGUCGAUAGACUUAUUGGUGGCCAUCCAGGAGAAGCACACUGACCUAGACUUGGAAAUCCACUGCUCAGCUGGAAGUGGAAGCCUUCGUACUGGCAGCUCUGGCAGACGAAUGAGAUCCACAUAUUUUGGAGUUACUCCCUUGUACCACCACAAGGAAUUGGGAGCUGUUCAAAUGAGUUUCCAGCCUGAAAAGUUCAUCACCUACCUUUGUAAUUCUAAACACACAGGGUAUGAUGUGUUUAUGAGUAUGACUCUUGAAAGGCGCUUAUUAAAUCAAAGAACUCCAGUUACCAGUGGGACUCCUUCUCAUUUUAUUUGAACACAAUUACCUACC